AUGGAAGGUGGAGCCGGCGGUGGUGAUAAGGUGGUGGAGACGGUGAUCGCAGGGAAUUAUGUAGAGAUGGAGAGCGAAGGCAAAGUCAGAGACGUGAAAAGCAGAGUCUCCAACUUCCUGUGGCACGGCGGCUCUGUUUACGACGCCUGGUUCAGCUGCGCUUCUAAUCAGGUGGCUCAAGUGCUACUGACCCUGCCCUACUCCUUUUCCCAGCUUGGGAUGCUAUCCGGGAUUAUGUUCCAGCUUUUCUACGGCUUGCUGGGGAGCUGGACGGCGUAUCUAAUUAGUGUUCUCUACGUUGAGUACAGAACCAGAAAGGAAAGGGAGAAGAAAGCGGAUUUCAGAAACCAUGUCAUCCAAUGGUUUGAAGUCCUUGAUGGGCUGUUGGGGAAGCACUGGAGGAACGUGGGUUUGGCGUUUAACUGCACCUUUCUUCUGUUUGGAUCUGUCAUUCAGCUCAUAGCCUGUGCUAGUAACAUAUAUUACAUAAAUGACAAUCUGGACAAGAGGACAUGGACAUACAUAUUCGGAGCCUGCUGUGCCACAACUGUGUUUAUUCCAUCCUUCCACAAUUACAGAAUCUGGUCUUUUCUUGGCCUUGUUAUGACCACCUACACUGCUUGGUACCUCACCAUCGCUUCCAUCCUCCAUGGCCCUAUGGAGGGAGUGAAGCACUCGGGGCCAACGAAGAUGGUGCUGUAUUUCACAGGGGCCACCAACAUUCUCUACACAUUCGGAGGACAUGCUGUUACUGUGGAGAUUAUGCAUGCGAUGUGGAAGCCACAGAAGUUCAAAUCCAUCUACCUGCUGGCCACUCUUUACGUUCUGACACUCACACUCCCUUCUGCCUCUGCCGUCUACUGGGCCUUCGGCGACGCCCUUCUCAACCACUCCAACGCCUUCUCCCUCCUCCCCAAAUCCCCGUUCAGGGACAUGGCCGUCGUUCUCAUGCUCAUCCACCAGUUCAUUACUUUUGGGUUUGCUUGCACGCCGCUCUACUUCGUGUGGGAGAAAGCUAUCGGGCUACAUGAAUGCAAGAGCAUGUGCAAGAGAGCGGCGGCGAGGCUGCCGGUGGUGAUUCCGAUCUGGUUCCUGGCCAUCAUUUUCCCUUUCUUCGGACCCAUCAACUCCGCCGUUGGAUCACUGCUUGUUAGCUUCACUGUCUAUAUCAUUCCUGCUCUGGCCCACAUCUUCACCUUCAAAUCCGCCGCUGCCCGUGAGAACGCGGUGGAGCAGCCGCCCAAGUGGUUCGGCAGAUGGGUCGGGGCGUACGUGAUCAACAUAUUUGUGGUGGUUUGGGUUCUGAUAGUCGGGUUCGGGUUCGGCGGUUGGGCCAGCGUGACCAAUUUCGUCCGCCAGAUUGACACGUUUGGUCUCUUCACCAAGUGCUACCAGUGCCCGCCGCCGCUACCUCUGGCUGGACACCUCAACGCCACCGCGGCGGGAGCAGCUCCGCCGAUGUAUCACGGCGGCCACAGCAACCACACCCACAACCUCUAG